UUCUAACACGCACAUGCACGAGCGCACCGGCGGAGCUUGGUUCGUCCUCCGACGCUCAGUUCCGGUUCGGUGCUGACUGAGACGUACGUACCGGUCCGUUUCACCUGCGUCGUCACCAUGGUGUGGAAGACAGUUACCUGGUCAAAGAGUUGGACACCUGCAGCACUUCACCUGGAGACAGAGGACAUCCAGUCAGAUGACAGCAGUGGCUGACGAUGUCGUGGGUGCAGCAGCGUUACCAAAACAUCAGCCCUGUGACCCUCCAGGUAGUGGGCGGAGCUAUGAGCUCCAGCCUGUACUGUGGGGAGGUGGAGGGUCUGUCCCUGGUGGAGUCCUACCUGGUGGAGCUGUAUCGCUGUAAACUCUGUAAGUUCACAUGUGGCCUCAUGACCGCAAUUAACAGCCACAUGCUGCUCAGGCACCGCCCCCUCACCCUCACCUGCCUGGGGACCAACGGAAGGGACAGGGCGGGGCUUCAGGAGGACAUGUCACCCUAUCAGCUGGAGCUGAAUGCAGAUACAAAGCAAAGCGAUGAAGAUGAGGACUUCUUGCUUUACAACAUGCUGGACAACAUGAGCCCGCCCACCUGUGACAUCAGCAGCCAAGAGGGGCUGCAUGUAGCACACACCUGUGAGGUUAGCACUCUGUUUGAGGAGGAGGAAGAGGAGGAGGAAGAGGAGCACGCCUCCAUCUUCCCUCUAAAGCAGGAUGCCAUGGAUCUGUCCGGUCCUGUCCAGACAGCCUCCAUCCAGGAAGACAUGGAUCAGUCGGCUCACCUCAUGACUCUGGGAUUGUGUAGAACCUCUGCCGUCAAACCUCCUCCUCCCCCGGCUGCAUCCCCACUUGACUAUUGCCCGCCUGCACCGGCUGACCCCGCCCACCUGCAGCGUAACACAGGCCGCCGCCUUCUCUGCCUCCUGUGUCCUCUGACGCUGCCAUCCCGUCGCCUGCUGGACGUCCAUGUCCGGUCUCACAGGGCGGGGGGGUUCAGCUGCAUCCGGUGCAGCUGGACAUCCGACACCUGGGAAGAACUGGAGUCUCAUUGGAGGAGACACUGCAGGAGAAGGAGGAGGAGGAGGAGGUGGGAGGAGGAGGAGGUCUCACAGAGAAGAAAGAGGAGGACGGAGCAGGAGGUCUCACAGAGGAGGACAGCUACCAGGUCUUUAGAGCAGUGGAGGAGCCCUGUGAUUGGACAAGUAAAAGAAAAGGAGGUGGAGCUUCCUGAAAGGUUGGUUCCCAGUUUGACCAGUAAACCUCAAACUGGUCCUCCUCAGAGUGUCUCAAAGAUGAUGAAGAAGUCCAGGAGGAAGAAGAAUGAAGAAGUGGAGGCUGAGAGUCUGAGCUGCUCUCUGUGUUACAGGAAGUUCUCCUCUAAUCUGACUCUGAGACGUCACCGGGGCGUACACGGAGGAGAGAAACCCUUCACCUGUCCUCACUGUCCCUACAACAGUAGACUAAAGGCCUCUCUGCUGCAGCACCUGAGGACUCACACAGGUGAGAAGCCAUACAGGUGUUCUGAAUGUCCAUACGCGUCCAUAGAUCGCAGCUCUCUGCUGAGACACUGCAGGACGCACAGUCAGGAGAAACCGUACAGCUGCCAGCUCUGUAACUACAGCAGUAUCCAGAAGAAAAGUUUGGACCUCCACGCUCGCCGCCAUCACACUGGUGAGGUGUUUCCAUGCCAGCAGUGUGAGUACUCGAGCCCAGACCGCCAGCUGCUGCUGAAGCACAUCAGCAGACACCACAGCCCCUCCCAGCAGGCCGGGCUCUGAUUGGCCUGUUAGUGAUGACGACGUCAGAAGUUUGGGACAGCAGCAGCACAGCAGGUCGUCCAAUAACUGAAAGGGUGGCGGUUUGGACCCUGCUUUGUCCCAGUUAAUCUGUCAGUAUGUUCCAGUGAUGGUUCAGUUUUCUUGAGAUUUAUUAAAAAAAAUUUAAAAUU